AUGUCUUCUUCUUCAAGUAAGAAGAGCUCGAGAAUUUCUUCUUCCAGUCACAGAUCGACACUUUCCCUCCACAAGACUGAAAUAGUCAUCAAUGUUUACGAUCUCCUUCCUGCAGGCAAACUUUCUUCAAUUCUUUGGAGUUUCGGUACGUCCUUACUUCAUAGUGGAAUUGUUAUAAAUGGCAGAGAAUACGCAUUUGGAGGACACGAUAAAAAGGGAAACACGGGAGUGUAUUGGCAAACCCCAAGAGUAGAACCGCCCGGAGGAACUUUCAGAUGCGAGAUUGUCCAAGGAUUCACAUUCUCUCCUCAAGCUGAAAUCGAUGCCGUUAUCAAGGAGGCUUCAGCUAUCUUCCAAGGAACGUCGUAUAAUCUCCUUACAAGAAAUUGCAACCACUUCACAGCAUAUAUGUGCGAGAGACUUACUGGUCAGUCUGGGCCACCAUGGUUGAAUAGAGCUGCUAGUAUCGGAGUCGCAUUACCGUGCAUGGUUCCCAAACAAUGGAUCACACCUCCAGACUACGAAACUGCAGAUGGGGAGCUUGUUGAUGAAUACCAUGAUGAGCAGGCUCUGUUGAGCAGCGCAAGACAUAGCAUGGAUGAUGGGCGACCAGAUUUAGGCGAUGAGACAGAAUGGAGUUGUGAUGAGGACUUUCAGGCCAGAAAAGGAAAGGGAAAAGAUGUUAGAGACACAUCAGGCAGAGUAGUUCCCCUUUCAGAGAGGGCACCUACGGCCAGGAGAUAA